AUGCGGAGGUCCAACUCAUUCGUGGCCAGCACUUCCGACAAUGCCCAGCUGGCGAGGGGUAAUACCCUUAGGAAGAAGGCGUCACUUAGGCGCUCUGGGAGCUUAGGUCGGAGCAGCAGCCGGCGCAGUAUGAGGGCCGGGAGCGUGCGAAGCCUAGCUCUGCAACCCGAAACCGACCCCGACCAGCUGCAUAGCGCUCUUUAUUGUCCUGUGCCAACGUCUGGCAGCCCGACCGAGGCUCUUGCCACAAGGUUCCAAGCUUGGCGGAAGCUGUUGAAGGAUCUUAUCGCGUAUUUCAGAGAGAUCCAAACCCACUACGAAUUGCGGGCGAAGAAUGCGAUCAAAUUGGCCAACGCCGCGAACGGCCUUGGCCAGCACCCGAGUUUCCUCGCCUCUGGUGGUCUUUCGGAUGCAGUACAGAUUAUCCACAAGUACAAUAGAUCGACCAUCCAGGACGCCCAGAGAGCCCAGGAGAUUGAAGCGGACGUCAUUCUUGCCCUAACGGGCCUACGUGCUGACCUACAGCAGAAGAUCAAGGAGAUCAAGAACCUGUCUGGAGACUUCAAGAACACGGUUGACAAGGAAAUGGACGGAACGAGGAGGGCCGUUAAAUCGCUACAGGACGUUCUCGGCCGUACCGAGCUUGACACAUCGAUGACAACUGGCAAGCAAGACCCGUAUUUGCUACGCCUAGCCGUUGAUCGCCAGGUCGACAGGCAAAUUGACGAGGAGAACUACUUGCAUCAGGCCUACUUGAACCUCGAAACCUCGGGCCGCGACCUCGAGUCUAUUGUCGUUGGCGAGAUCCAAAAGGCCUACAACGCCUACGCAUCAAUAUUGAGGCGUGAAGGUGAUAGCGCCUUUGGUGCGAUCGAGGAGCUUCAUCUUGGUCCCAUCGAUAUGCCCAAGGACCACGAGUGGGAGCAAUUUAUGCGAAAGAAUGACGAAUUCGUAAACCCGGCCGUUGCUGUGAGAUCCCCGGAGAAUAUUCAUUAUCCUGGUCGGGAUCAUCCUGCCUGUCAGGAAAUUCGGGCUGGACUCCUCGAGCGCAAGAGCAAGUACUUGAGAAGCUAUACCGCAGGAUGGUAUGUGCUCUCGCCAACCCACCUCCACGAGUUCAAGUCGGCGGAUAAGGGACAGGCUCCACUCAUGUCGCUUUAUCUUCCGGAGCAAAAGCUUGGUUCCCACUCCAAGGCGGGGACUUCUUCCCAGAAGUUCAUUCUCAAGGGCCGGCAGACGGGCGGAGUCCACCGCGGACACACUUGGGUGUUCAGGGCUGAGAGUUACGAUACCAUGAUGGCCUGGUAUGACGACAUCCGGGCUCUUACCGAGGGAGGUGGCCAGGCCGCUGGUGGGGCCACCCGUAGUAUCAGCCGAGCCUCGAGGGUCUCCACCAGCAGCGACGCAGGUGUUGUCGACGAAGAGGAUGAGGAGCCCUUCUCAGCCGGAUCCCAGGUUGAGAUGAAUACCAUCGCUAAUAGACAGGCUGCGCAAGACCGCCGCCCUCAGGCGGGCGGUCGCUUCCCAUCCGACCUUCAAGUAAAUGCGCAGCGAGGGCUCGGAACGUCGAGGUCUCCUUCCACGGCUAGCUCCAACGUCGCCAAUUCACGAGGACGUAGCUCCAUCGUUGCCAAUGGCGGUAUCCCGGCAGGCGGAAUUGUGGCUGCCGGUGCACUCGACGGGAGCAAUCGGGGCGAGCAGUCGUUUGAGGAGGCACAGCAUUUCCACAACCAAACAUACGGGGCCACGCCAGAGACGCCGAUGGAGCAGGCCCACUCGCAUGCGGCCAAGGCCCAGCGCGAAGCCGCUAGGGACGGCGUCAACCCCCGCGCUCCAAAGCCGGGAGGGACUCCGGGAUAUCAGGGUACCAGCACCCCGGGGUACCAGGACGGCAACCGGCCACAGGCGCCCACGGCCCAGGUCUUCGCCGCGCAGAUGCAAGGCCCGACAGGUCAGAGCACGCCAGCAACCCCAGGGCAAGGCUAUAACGCCCAGGAUCAGAAUCAGGCGCUCGCGCACCAGGCCUACAAUCCGCGCGAGGCUUACGGCACCCAAUCCUACAGCUCCCAGGAUCUCGGUCUGGCCGCGGCGACCCAAAACGCCCCAACUCCGCAGACAUUUUCCUCUCCUCCUCGACACCGCAAGCCUAUGGCGCGUCACGGUCCCGAGUCAGAAAUCGUCAGCCAGGGACCAUUCAGCCACGGAAGCAACACGCCCAACGGAGCCGCCGUUAAUGGCUCAGCAGUAGCCUCAGGAGCUGCCUCUUAUCUUGGCAAGCCCUCCGCCGGUGGCCCCGUUAAUGGCAUCGCUCAGGGCGCGGAUAUGGAGGCCACGCGUAGCCUGGCGGACCGGGAAGAUACCGUCACGGCCUCUGUAGCCGAAGCUGCGGCGCCGGCGAGGAGCGAGGAGAGGUCUGAGUGGGUCGAGACGAGAAGGACCCUUAGUGACUACCAUGUGCCGGGCCAAUAUCCACGAUCUGCCACCAAUGUUCACAUCACUAGCAACGGCUCGGCGAUUUAG